GAUCGAACAUACACACAGAAAAAGAGAGUAACAGAGUAAGAGACUGCCCAGUGACUUUGUGCAUAAUGAUCUCUUGUUGUUUAUUAAAUUGAAUAAACAAAAAUAUAUAAAAAAUGAGUAAUAAUAAAUCAAAUCGUCAUUCAAAUGCAGAUAGUAGUAGACGUGGUGAACCACCCGUUGAUUUGGAGUACCAAUUUAUCAUGAGAUUUCCACCGGAACCAGCAAAAAUGCUUCGAGAACUUUUACAAUCUGGUGCACCUUUAAAAGACAGAUUAUCAAUAAAACUUGAUAAUAAUCCUAAUGAUAAUGAUAUACGUUAUGGUGAAGUUAGAUUUGAUCAUUGGUUUUUUCAUAGUAAACUCGUUGAUUUACCAACAAUUGUUGAAUCAUUAAAAACAAUUGAUAAUAAAAGUUUUUACAAAACAGCUGAUAUAUGUCAAAUGUUACUUUGUCGUGAAGAAGAAGAUUUAAGUAAAGAUGAAGAUGAUACAACAGUACAAAAAAAAAAAAAAGAUCCAAAUAAAGUUGAUAAAAAAUUUUUAUGGCCACAUGGUAUAACACCACCAGUUAAAAAUGUACGUAAAAAACGUUUUCGUAAAACAUUAAAAAAAAAAUAUGUUGAAGCACCUGAAAUUGAAAAAGAAGUUAAACGUUUAUUACGUGUUGAUAAUGAUGCAAUUAAAGUUAAAUGGGAAGUAAUAUGUGAUGAUGAAGAUACAACAAAAACAAAUAAAGUUAUAACAAAUUCUGGUACAGUUAAAGGACAUGAUGGUAAUAAUGGUAAUUCAAUGGAAAAUAUAGAAAAUAUGGAGCAAGACAUAUUUGGUGGAGCUGUUAGUGAUAGUGAAGAUGAUGAUGAUGAACAAAGAAUAAAUGUUGAAAUUGAUGAAACAAGUAGAUUAUCAGCUGAUAGUCGUAUAUCUGAUUCAAAUUCAAUGCAAGUUGGUUAUUCUGAACGUUCAAGACCAGAUUCAAAUGCAAAUAAUUGUAAUGAACUUGUUACUGAAUUUAGUCGUGAUAUGUUUCAAUCACGUAGUAAUGAUGAUAAUACAGAACAAAAAAUACCUAAAGUUGAAAAUCCAUUUCACUCAGAGUAUAUUAUUCCUGAUAAUUAUUGUGAUGUUCCAGUAUCUGCUGAAAAAGAUUCAAUACAAAUGAGACUUGAUGCUCUUCGUGCUGAACUAGCUAGUAUACGUGAUCAAAAACAACAACAAGAAAUAUCAAUUGAAAACGUUGAAAAUACAACAUUACGUGAAAGAAUUCAAAGUAAUUUAAAUCAUCUAGCAACACUUGAAGCUCAAAAAAUGCAAGAGAUCCAAAAUUUAGAAAAUGUGUAAGUACGUCAAACAAUAAUUAAAAAUUAUGAUAAUAUUUGUGCAUUAAAAUAAUUUAUAAUAAUAAACUUAAAAGAAAUAAUUACUAAAUCUAUUACAAUUUAAUUUUUUAAAACAUACAAAUCACAAAUUUAAAAUGUUAUUACAAUUUUUUUUCAUUUUUUCUCAUCUACAAUGUAAUAUUUUAUACAUAUAUUAUUCGAAUUAAAUAAACUACAAUAGUUUUAAAUGAUUUCUAUAAAUUUUUUUUCUUAUUUAAUCAUAUUUUUUUUGUUAAUAAAUAAAAUGACAUGCGUUUGGUAUUAAAAAUUUAGCUUACGUUUUUUUUUUUUUUUUUUAUAUUUAUUCUUAACAAAUAUUGCGAGCGUUAAAAUAAAACAAAAAAAAAAAAAAAUAUUAUCUUUAAUAAUGAUAAAAUAUUUUUUGUUAUAAAAUAAAAAAUAAUAAUAAUAUUUAAAAAUAAAAACAAAUAUUGAUUUUAAAAUUGGCCCCUUAAAAAAGGAUUAGUCGAUAUUGGAAAAUUUAAAAAAUUUAAAACAAUAAUAAAUACUUUGUUAAUUAAAAAAGAAAAAAAAAACUGAUCAACAGUGGACCGAUAAAUAAUUGAUUGUUAAAAAGAAAAAAAAAACAAUUUAAACAGAGUUAAAAUUUUAAAAAGAUAAUUAUUCUUUUUUUUUUCUUAGUCAAGUUAUUCGGAGCAAAGUGUCUAAAAAUGAUUUUUAGAUAAUUAUUAUCUAAAUUACUAAAUGCGAAUAAUAAUUCAAUACUUUGUAUUGCCAUACAUAUACGUUAAAAUAUAUAUGUCUAUAAUGUUUUUGUUUUUUUAAACUGUAUAUUGGAUCGACAUGGUGAUGUGUAUGUAAAUUAUCAUUUAACACAAAAAUGAUAAAAUAAUUAUGCUAAAGUCUUGGAAUAUUUGAUACAGUACCACUUACAAUUUGAUCUUGUAUACAAAUACGUAAAUCUUUUUCAUCACCUUCACUCUCAGUAUCAAGACUAAAAUUACGACCAAUAUUUUCAGUCGAAUCAGUCCACUGACGUUUGCUAUUUCUCAUCCUCAUGAUCUAUUGAACAAAAACAAAAAAAAAAAAUCAAUUAAUUUUAAUAAUAUUAAUAAUAUGAAACUAAAAUUAAAAAAAUUAUUAAUUCCAUCGAUGCAUCAAGUUGUUGAUAAACCUGAAAACUCAUGCAUACACCUAGAUGUUUCUAAUUUACAGACAAGCUAUUUAAAAAAAACUUAAAAAGUAAAUAUCAAUACUAAGCACUCAUUUUAUACAAUACACUUGUUUAAAUAAAUAAAAAUAAAUAUUUAUUCAUUAAGAUAAUAUAAUGAUUCUGCAAAUUAUGAUAAAAAUUAAAAAUUAAAAAACUGAUAUGCUACUGACAAGACAAUCAAUGAUACAAAUAUCAGAUGUUAUCAUAAUAAAGUUAUAAAAUUUAUAAAAUAAAAUAUAUAAAACGUACUCGGAUGGAUUUUUAUUAAUAAACUUACUCGAGCCAGCGCCAAGGCUCAGUCUCUGGACUUGUUAUUGGCGUGGGAAACUAAAAGGUACAUGAAUUAAUGAAUUAAUUAAACAUAUGAUUUAAAAAUAAAAAUAAGUCCAUUUAAUAAGGAAUGUUAACAAUGUGAUGAAUUGUAAAAACACAUAUUGUUAUUAUAUGUAAUUGUAAUAAUUAAAUAAAAUUUACCUCAGCUUUUAA